AUGGAGAAAACAAAUCCUAGCCGUGUGAACAAAGAGGCAAGGAAGACAAGAGCUAUACUUUCCUCUCAAGCUGCAGAGGCAGAAAGUUCAGACUCGUCUAUCCAAGCCGAAGUAAAAACAAAACAGCGUAAUGAUAGACCAUCUGCCGCUGAAAAACAAACAGGAAAGAGGAAAUCAGUGGAACAAGGGGAAGGUAGUCGAGCUGAAAGAGCAGCAAAGAGAAAAACUACAGGAAAAAAUCCAUGCACAGAUGAGGGUGAAACAGUAGAGAAACAACAAAAAAUGUGGAAUACAAGAAUGAGCCCGAAGAUUGUGGCUGAGUUUGUUCAACAGCUGACUAAUGAACAGAAAAGGGCUGUGGAGGAGAUCAGUUUUGGAGGGAUAUUACACCUCCAACUAACAAAGAGUGAAGGCCCUCUAAUGAAGUACUUGAUUAGGCAGUUUGAUGUUUAUCGCUCUGCAAUCCGGUACUUGAUUAGGCAGUUUGAUGUUUAUCGCUCUGCAAUCCGACUCGAAGGGGGUGAAUUGCUGCUUAUAGAAUCUGCAAUCCGACUCGAAGGGGGUGAAUUGCUGCUUAUAGAAAAGGAUGAUGUUCAAAGAACAUUGGGGAUUCCACAAGGGAGCAACGUGGUUGAGGAGGCCACAAGAUUUGAGCAUAUGGCAAAAGAUGGUGAUAGUGCGGCCACAAGAUUUGAGCAUAUGGCAAAAGAUGGUGAUAGUGCAGCCACAAGAUUUGAGCAUAUGGCAAAAGAUGGUGAUAGUGCAGCAUAUGCCAACCUUGUGGCCUCAUGGAGGGAGCGAUGGGGAAUUGAUGGUAAAUCCCCAAUCACAACAUCAAUGCCAGUGCAAAUUCUGAAAAGAGGAGCAAUCACAACAUCAAUGCCAGUGCAAAUUCUGAAAAGAGGAGACCAUGGAGAUAUGUUUAAACGCGACUUUGUCCUGUUUAUAGUAUCUGGAGAUAUGUUUAAACGCGACUUUGUCCUGUUUAUAGUAUCGGGAGAUAUGUUUAAACGCGACUUUGUCCUGUUUAUAGUAUCGACAAUGCUGUGUGGCCACCAAGAUAGGUGUUGCAACUUUAGGAUUUUAAAAUCCUUGAUAGACCUUGACCAAAUCAAGACCUACAAUUGGUGUGCCUAUACACACAAGUCUAUGGUCGACUCCAUUCAAUCUUUUCAGAAAAAUGACAAGCAAUUCUUCACUGGACCCGUUGCAUUCAUCCUACUUGUGUACUUUGACCGAGUACAGUUUAAGGGGAUGAGAGUGGAUAGAACAUACCCAACCAUUAUUGGGUGGAGUGCUGAACUUGCUAGAAAAAGGGUUAAAGAAGAGAACAAAGCAGGGUCAUUUGGAAGGGGGACAGUGCUCCCUAGAAUAUCAAAACCUACUGAUAUUGCUGCUGCCACCUCCAGGCAGAAUGAUCAACCUCCUGUUGCUGCAUUGAAUAUCCCAUCAUCAAGCGUAGAUAAGGUGGCAGGGAUCCUACAAAAGUUGGCUUCGACAGUAGGAGAGUUUGGUGAGGCUAUGGCUGAAAUUGGAAAGCAAGGAGCACCCGUAAAUGUGAUGAGGAAGACAUUUUCGGGCUUAUCUAACAUGCUAAAUGUUGCCAGCACCAUAGAAGCCACUGCAACCCCAACAUCAUCCCAGCUGGACGACAUCUUCUUUGGUAGUGAAAGCUUCACUACGGCUGUGGAUGCCCUUGUCGAGGCCUUUGAAAAGACAAGGAAACAAAUGGAUCCUAAUGCCCCUUCUUUUGACUUGGGGCUAUCUCAAGCAACACAGCCAUCGGACCAAUUAGAUGCUCCGACCUUUGAUUUGGGGCUGAGUCCAUCACCACCACCAGCACAGCAACAGGAGGGGGAUUUAGGGGUGACUCCACCACCACAACCAGCACAGCAGCAAGGGAGUGAUUUGGGGCUGACUCCACCACCACCACCAACACAGCAGCAACAUAAGGACAAGGAGCAGCAACAAGAAAAGGAGAAAGAGAAGGAGAAAGAGCAAGAGAUAGAGGAUGCUGCGGGGGAACCGGGGAUUGAUGCCCUGGUGGAUAGAAUUGCAGGGGAAGCCACUAAAGAUGCAACUUUUUCAACCCCUGGUGUGACUAGAGUUCCUUUUCAAAGGGCUGAUUCCCCUGUUGAUGAAUUUGAUAGUGCAUUAGCAGAGAGUGAAUCUGAUGUCGAGGAUGUCAUUACUAGAAAGAGGCCUCAACGAAAGUUCAAGAACAUCCCCCUAAACCUACGGUCUCCAUUUUGGAAUGAACAUGGGAUGAAAAUCAGAAAUGCCACUGUCCCAGAUAAACUCCUCUCGAACUAUGCAUUUGUAGAAGUUUCUGAGGAACAUCCUAAAGAUGAAUUACUUUUCAGCUUUGGUGACAUUGAGAUCACUAGGGACCACUUCAUCUCGCCAAGUUGA